AUGGACUUUGAUGGUAUUCUUUUUGCUCUGGAUGACACUGAUUUUGAAGACUCAGGUAGUGAGUACAAUCCGAGCGAUGUUGUAUACGAAUCAGAUUCUGAUAACAGAAUUGGUGUAGAACCAGAUACUGAAAAUACCCAAAAUUUAGUUCAACAGGAAAAUAAUAUCAUAUCUGAUGAAUGGCUUAAUGUUACUGGAGAUUUUCGAAAAUAUAUUAUUUUUACUGGAGACAGUGGUAUCAAAUGCAACAUUGACCAAGAAUCUAAACCGAUUGAUAUUUUCAAUCUUUUUUUGAAUGAUGAUGCAUUGAACUAG